UGGGAGAGUGCCCCGCGGGCCCUGGAGCUCACGGGGACUGUGGGAGCCCGGGGGACCUGCUCCGGGACUCUUUCUUCUCUAAUCGCAGGCGAGGGCGUGCGCUUGGGAAACCCAGGGGCUGACCAGUUCCUGGCUCUCUAUUGUUGUCUUGUAAAACGGUCUAUACCCGAGGAGGGGCCAGGGGUCUGGAAGGUCCUGUUCCUUUACCUUAGAAAGUUUUUUCGAGAACCCUUUCUUUCCACCACCACCAGAGAGCUAGACCUAACGAAACAAGCACCGAGGCAUUUGGGGGCGGGGGUUAGGCGGUGAGAAAAUUGCAGCGUUUGGGCUGCCGCUAAUUUUCAGGAUAAAGGAGAAAAAACUUGUCAUUUUGCCGCCGCUAGUUCCGGAGCUACCAGCAAUCUCAAGACCCCUUGUCAUGUGCUGCUAUUUUGGCUUAAAAGCAAAUCCGUAAAAAGUGAUUUACAAAACCCCCAAACAACCGUCCCGGAAUCCUCUUUUAGGCUUUUCAGUGGGGCGGCAAGGGAGGGCGGAGAGAGAGGAAGCUGCUGUUCAAAGUACUUGCCAGUGAAGAAGCUGUACAACCCUUGGACUUGGAUAAUUUCUGGCAGAGAAGCCCCACAAAUUUAGCAGACAGCUUCCUGAGCCUUUGGCUUCCUACUCCCUGCUCACCACGCUCUCCACCUUCAGGAACAGAGGGCCUUUGGGAAACAGAUUCCUAAAAGUGCAGGUGGGCCAGCCAUGAGAGGGUACCUUGUGGCCAUAUUCCUGAGUGCUGUCUUCCUCUAUUAUGUGCUGCACUGUAUAUUAUGGGGAGCAAAUGUCUAUUGGGUACCACCUGUGGAAAUGAAACGGAGAAACAAGAUCCAGCCUUGUUUAUCAAAGCCAGCUUUUGUCUCUUUGCUGAGGUUUCAUCAGUUCCACCCUUUUUUGUGUGCUUCUGACUUUAAAAAGAUUGCUUCCUUGUAUGGUAGCGAUAAGUAUGAUUUGCCCUAUGGGACAAGAACAUCAGCGGAAUAUUUUCGACUUGCUCUUUCAAAACUGCAGAGUUGUGAUCUCUUUGAUGAGUUUGACAAUGUGCCAUGUAAGAAGUGUGUGGUGGUUGGUAAUGGAGGAGUUUUGAAGAAUAAGACAUUAGGAGAAAAAAUCGACUCCUAUGAUGUAAUAAUAAGAAUGAAUAAUGGUCCUGUUUUAGGACAUGAAGAGGAAGUUGGAAGAAGGACAACCUUCCGACUUUUUUAUCCAGAAUCUGUUUUUUCAGAUCCCAUUCACAAUGAUCCUAAUACGACGGCUAUUCUUACUGCUUUUAAAACACAUGAUUUAAGGUGGCUGCUGGAAUUGUUGGUCGGUGACAAAAUAAACACUAAUGGUUUUUGGAAGAAACCAGCCUUAAACCUGAUCUAUAAACCUUAUCAAAUCAGAAUACUAGAUCCUUUCAUUAUUAGGACAGCAGCUUAUCAACUGCUUCAUUUUCCAAAAGUGUUUCCCAAAAAUCAGAAACCCAAACACCCAACAACAGGAAUUAUUGCCAUCACACUGGCAUUUCACAUAUGUCACGAAGUUCACCUAGCUGGGUUUAAGUACAACUUUUCUGACCUCAAGAGUCCUUUGCACUACUAUGGGAACACCACCAUGUCUUCGAUGAAUAAGAACGCAUACCACAAUGUGACCGCAGAGCAGCUCUUUUUGAAGGACAUUAUAGACAAAAACUUUGUCAUCAACUUGACUCAAGAUUGACCCCACACACUCAGAAGAUGAUGCUUACAGUAUUAGUUUUAUUUUUAUACUGUAAUUUUUAGUUUAUUUUUAAAUAUGUUGGAGGCACACGUCAUGUAAUUAUGUAUAUUAAGUCUUUUGCUGCCUGGUGAUUUAUAAUCACCAGCUUAAUUUCUGUGAAUACUAUAUAUUUAACUUAUAAAAACCAAGAAAUGUUUAGUUAUCAGGGAAAUAAGUUUUCAUUGCAUUGUGUUUUUAAAAUAAGCUAGUUUUC